CGCCACUAUAUAAACAGCUCCCACCUCUCCGCCAAAAGAAAGUAAUCAUAAUCUCAUUAGGAACCCAUCGAAAUCCGCUCAUCUCGAUCUAGGGCACAAAAAGAGACAUCAAAUCCUCAGAUCUCAAACAAAAACCACUUCAUUCUCGACUGAGCUCAAACUUGCUCACUUCCCCUCUUUCGCAGCGAUGAAAUCGGCAAUCUCCCUCUUCUUGUUGAUCUCGAUCUCGCGCUCGCUGGUUCUGUCGUUGUCCCCCGAGAUCGACGCCGGCGGUAUCUUGGAUCUGGCGAAUGUGACGGCCGCAGCUGCCGUUAAUGGAUCCGCUAAGGCUAGCUUUGCUGAUAUGUUCGAUCGAGCUCUGCAGAAGGAGUUCCCUGAGACCGAGCAGAACAGCGGAGAAACUGAUCCAGGCGGUUUCAACAACAGUGUUGCUGAGAAUCAGGCAGUUAUGGAAACUGUUGCUAGAGUUACAUCGAAGAAAAAUGAGACCGAGGAGAAAUCAUUUCAGUUCCAUAAUGUUUUUAAUAAUGAGGAUCAAGCAGAGGAUAUCCCGACAUUAAUUGAUCGAAAGGAUAAUGUUUUUAUCAUAUCCAAUCCCAAGUCAAAGUAUCCAAUAUUGAAGUUAGACCUCAGGUUGAUAUCUGAUCUUGUGGCGGUUAUUGUUUCUGCGACUUGUGGCGGCAUUGCUUUUGCUUGCAUGGGGCAACCGGUGAUCACUGGUUAUUUACUUGCGGGCUCCAUCAUCGGACCCGGAGGUUUGAACUUUGUCAGCGAAAUGGUGCAAGUUGAAACAGUUGCGCAGUUCGGUGUAAUUUUUCUUCUUUUUGCAUUGGGUCUGGAAUUCUCUACAACAAAGCUUCGAGUUGUUCGUGCAGUUGCUGUUCUUGGGGGUCUAUUACAAAUUUUUCUGUUUAUGUGCUUAUGUGGCAUAACUGCUUCGUUAUGUGGGGGUAAGCCUUCAGAGGGUGUAUUUGUUGGUGUAUUAUUAUCGAUGUCUUCAACUGCUGUGGUCUUGAAGUUUCUAAUGGAGAAAAAUGGUAUUAAUGCCCUUCAUGGUCAAGUUACUGUGGGGAUUCUUAUUCUCCAGGAUUGUGCUGUUGGUUUGCUGUUUGCAUUGCUUCCUAUUCUUGGUGGCACUUCUGGUGCUCUACAAGGAGCAAUUUCAAUGACCAAGUCUCUGUUCGUGCUGUGUACUUUCUUGGCCAUCCUGUCAAUAUUGUCACGAACAUGUGUGCCUUGGUGUCUUAGGCUGAUGAUAAGUCUCUCAUCUCAGACCAAUGAACUUUACCAGUUGGCAUCAGUUGCAUUUUGUCUACUUGUUGCUUGGUGUAGCGACAAGCUGGGCCUAAGUUUGGAACUUGGUUCCUUUGCUGCUGGAGUUAUGAUUUCAACAACUGAUCUUGCACAACAUACUCUGGAACAAAUCGAACCUAUCAGGAACUUCUUCGCUGCUCUCUUUCUUGCUAGUAUUGGAAUGUUAAUUCAUGUUCAUUUUCUUUGGAAUCACGUCGAUAUUUUAUUAGCGGCUGUGAUUCUGGUGGUUGUUGUAAAGACAAUUAUUGUUACCUCUGUUGUCAAGGGAUUUGGCUACACGAAUAAAACAUCACUGCUGGUUGGCAUGUCACUUGCACAGAUUGGGGAGUUCGCUUUUGUGCUUUUAAGUCGUGCUUCAAAUCUUCAUCUGGUCGAGGGUAAAGUUUACCUGCUACUAUUGGGAACAACUGCCUUAAGCUUGGUAACGACUCCAUUGUUGUUCAAGUUUAUUCCAGCUGUUGUUCAUCUUGGAGUUUUAUUACGCUGGUUCUCACCAGAUUCAAAUCAAACAGAGAUGGGGCAUAAGGGUGAAAGCAUUCGCUCGGAUAGUGGUAAGCGCAUUACUUUGAUGAUCCAAGGAUCUCAUGAUUCCUGAAAAGAAAAAGUACAUGACACAAUCUGGAACCUGAUGGUCUUAUUAUUACUUUGGAUGACAAGUAUUUCAUCGAACAAAGGAGAUCUGACUGCUUGCAUAUUCUAAUGGGACCAAAGGAAUCCAUCAAAUCUGGAUGGCUAUAAUGUACAGUUCAAAAGAGAGAUCAGAAAUCCUUCAUGCUGGAGCUGGUCGUUUAGUUGAUGCGGCCAAGAAUUCCAAUUUUGUGUAAAGUAACUUCUACUUUAUAAUGUAUCCUGCCUGAUUUCUUUGUGGGUUUGUUCAUAAUUUGCAGUGGGGAUCCUGUUAUAUGCACAGAACUAACUGUACAUUAUGCUAAUUGAUCUUAUUCAUUUGAGGUGAUUCUUGUUUGCA